GGCGAUGCCGGGCCGGGCGGAGCCGUCGGGGGGACGCGCGGCGGCGGGGCCGGUGGCGGUGCCCGUACCGGUGACACCCGGGGCGGCGGCGCGGCCGGGAGGCGCGGGGCUGCGGGCCAAGGGCUUCGCCAUCACCGACCUGCUGGGGCUGGAAGCCGAGCUGCAGCCGCCCCCCGGGCCCCCCCCGGCCGCCACUGCCGGUGGCUACGAGGGCGGCGGGGCGCUGGGGCUGGGGCUGGGGCUGCUGUGCGGCCUGGGGGGGGCGGGCGCCCCGUGCCUGCUGCCCGCCCCGCUGCCGCUCCUGCCCGCCCGCGGCCCCCCGCCGCCUCCCGGGCCGCCUCCGGCCGCCCGCCGCCACAAGGAGAACAUCUCCGAUGAGGACAGCCUGUCUGGGGACGCCAGCGACCUGAAGAUGUCCACCGCCCAGAUCAAGAGGAAGAAACGCCGGCACAGGACGGUAUUCACAGCUCACCAGCUGGAGGAGCUGGAGAAGGCUUUCAAUGAAGCGCACUACCCCGACGUCUAUGCCCGGGAGAUGCUGGCUGUGAAGACGGAGCUGCCGGAGGACAGGAUACAGGUUUGGUUUCAGAACCGAAGAGCCAAGUGGCGGAAGCGGGAGAAGUGCUGGGGCCGGAGCAGCGUGAUGGCCGAGUAUGGCCUCUAUGGGGCCAUGGUGAGGCAUUCCAUCCCUCUGCCCGAGUCCAUCAUCAACUCCGCCAAGAGUGGGCUCGUGGGAUCCUGCGCCCCGUGGCUGCUGGGUAUGCACAAAAAGUCCAUGGAGGUAAGCAGGAAGGCAGAGAGCCAAGAGAAGCUGGCAGAUGGCUGGCGAAUGGAGCAGGAGGAGGAGGAACUCAAAGGGAAGCAGGCCAGUUCCCAGAAGGGCUCUGACAAGCUUGGGCCUGCAAAAGACUCGGAGGACACAGCCAUCGACCUCUCCAGGACAGCCAAGCACGAGAAGAGGGGUGUGCUGAGGCAGUACAUCAACGGGGACCCCCCCACAGAGCAGAACGACAGGGACCACUGAGCUUGGGCUGCCCCAGAGGAGGCCAGACCUCACAGUGUCCUGGCGAGAUCAUAAUAUUUAUUGAUUUAUUGAUAUAUAUAAUUUUUUUUUCUUAAAUAACAGAACUUUUAUCUGAAUUCAGGGCAUUUUAAAACUGGGCACACACAUCCCCUUGUCCCCUCACUUUCAAGCUGUUCACUUCUCAGCAGAGCCAGGGUGGGCGGUGGCAGAGGAGUCCCAGCAGGGCCAAGAGCAGUGUGAGGAUGGGAGCGCAUUGUGGUCAGCACCGACUGCUGCUGGGGAGGAGCCUCCUUCCCCUCCGUGCUGGGACCACUUCCCCGGCUAGCCAGGAGCACAAAGAGGAGCAACACAAUGCAAGUUGCUCUCUCCUCCAACACGCAGGUGCAAGGAUGGUGCAGGAGUUUACAGACGCCUUCUCUGAGCGCUUCCGCCCCUGUGCAGCGCCUGUGUGCGAGUCCUUCCAUGCUGAGCACACAAUUCUUCCACCUCGAGGAGCAGCAGGGUUUUUAAACAUGGUAGGGUUCAUCCUCAAGCUGGUGUAACCUGACAGACAGGCAGGUUUAUAUUUCCUGAGGAUCUGGCCUGCCGAAGCAGCCUUAUCACUGGAUUUACACUGUGUAUCUUCCUUAACUCGUAUUUGGGAGAAGGGGGUAAGGACGUUUUUGUUUAUGCAAUGAUUUUGUACACUCUUGAAUGUCACUUGCCACACUAUGCAUGAACAGAUCUUUUUGAAAAGCAAGCCAUAGUACCCUGGAGCAAUUAAACAAUUUUGUGAAUUGACAUAAGAAGAUAUUUUGUAAUUGUCUGUAAAAAGUGUUAAUGUCAGCGCUGUUUCUCAGUCGCCCUAUAUUUAUGUCUAAAAGCACUUUAGUAAUCUGGUUUUUUGAAUGUGGCUCUUCCUGUAUUGUCCACCAUUUAUUUAUUACAUAUCCAUAAAUAAAAUCGUGGUGUAUCUUUGGUUUUCA